CUCCAGCAUCAUACACCUGCAUCACUUGCCGAGUAACUAUCAAGGAUGCAGAUGUUCAGCGAGCCCACUAUAAGACUGACUGGCACAGGUAUAACUUAAAGAGGAAAGUCGCUGAGAUGCCUCCUGUCACUGCUGAGAACUUUCAAGAGAGAGUACUAGCCCAAAGAGCAGGACUGGAAGAGCAGAACAAGGCCACUGCAACUUAUUGUGUGGCUUGCAGCAAGAGAUUUUCCAACUUCAACGCGUAUGAGAACCACCUGAAAUCCAGGAAACAUUUGGAGCUUGAGAAGAAAGCGGUCCAAGCUGUCAGCAAGAAAGUGGAGCUCUUGAACGAGAAGAAUUUAGAGAAGGGCCUUGCUCAAGAGAACGUGGACAAAGAUGCUAUGAAUACUGCUAUCCAGCAAGCCGUCAAAGCUCAGCCAUCCUCGUCUCCAAAGAAGAUUGCCCUGUCUGCAGAUGCCAUUGGUUCGUCUCUCGUGGAAGAAAGCAGUUCUCUUCAGAGAAAAGAGCACAUGGAAAGGCCACCUCGAUUACACUGGUUUGAGCAACAGGCUAAGAAGCUGACACAAGAGCAGGCUGAUGAUGAAGAAAAGGAGGAGGAUAUGGAGGAAGGAGAGAAGAUUGGGGUUGGGAAGAUCUGUCUAUGGUGCAAUGAGAAAGGGAAGUCCUUCUACACAACUAAAGCUGUACAGGCACACAUGAAUGACAAAAGCCAUUGCAAGCUCUUCAUUGAGGGAGACGCUGCUUUGGAAUUUGCAGACUUCUAUGAUUUCAGGAGCAGUUAUCCUGAUUACCAAGAAGGGGAGGAUGUAGAGAUGCCCGAACAAAUGCCAUCAGAAAAGAAAUUGGACUACGAUGAUGAAACUAUGGAGCUGAUUUUACCUUCAGGUGCCAGGAUUGGUCACCGUUCCUUGAUGAGAUAUUACAAGCAGCGAUUUGGUGCUUCGCGAGCAGUCGUGCUUUCCAGAAACAAACAGACAGUGGGCAGAGUGUUGCAGCAGUAUAAAGCCCUUGGUUGGACAAGCAACUCAGGAGGAGCAGCUCUGGCUCGUGAGCGUGACAUACAGUACCUUCAAAGGAUGAAAGCAAAGUGGAUGCUGAAAACGAGCAUGCAAAAUAACAUCACAAAGCAGAUGCAUUUCCGGUCACAAGUCCAGUUCUAAGAGCAUAAUAAAAAGUAUUCAGUAUUGGAGUAUUGAUGCAGCAAACGUAUGGCUGAUGCCUUACCAGUGCUUGCAUCUAGGCUGCUAUUUCAAAUAUUUCAGUUGGAUGUGGUCAAUCGGACCUGCUCAAUAAAGCAUGUGCAUAAAAUGUA